ACGUAAACAAAAAAUAUUAUAAUAUUAUGUAGAACAAACUAUACCGGCAACACUUUAUACCCAUCAAGCAUAUAAAAAUGGAAAAAUCUUCUGAAACGGAAAAUAGUUAUGAAGAAAAAUGUCGAAUCUGUAUGCUUAAUUAUAACGAAAUGACAACUGUUCAAGUACUUAAUAACUCAUUUGAUAUGCAAUGUUUAUUGAUUUUCCUUGGGAUUGAGGUAGCAGAAAAUAAACCACUAUUGAAUUUAAUUUGUAAGAAUUGUUCGUGCCGAUUGGACGAAAUUCUAAAUUUAAAGAAACAAUGUGAAAUCUCAUAUAAUAUUUUAAGCCAAAUAUCCGACAUUAGAACCGAAAAUAACAAUCCACCUUUAAAAUAUGAAAAUAAUGAGUCAGAGACGGAAAUUAAUAAAGACGAAACAUUUAACACAAUUUUCGAAACUGAUAUUGAUAAUAACUCAUUAAAAUCGUUCAAUUCGGAUAUAUCUCAAAAUGAUGAUAAAGAAUCAAAUGAAACUAUAAAAAAAUUUUCUGAUGUCGAAACUAUAGGGGAAAACAAUUCAUUGAAUUGUAAAGUUUGUAAUAAAUCUGUAGCAAAUAAACGUAGUUUACGACGGCAUCAAUUGCUACAUCAAAAUAAUAAACCAACAUAUUUCUGUUCGCAUUGUAAGAAGUUUUAUAGUACCUCUAGUAAUUUAUCGUAUCAUUAUAAGAAAUUCCAUAGUGUAAAUAAAUUAACACGAACUGCUUGUAAAUUAUGUUCUAAAUCGGUAUGGAACAUUGGUGAACAUAUGAAAUUCACUCAUGGUGACAUUAAACUUCAGUGUUCGUUUUGUGAAAAGAAAUUUAAAUCACGUCAUGGUUUACGUGUCCAUUUUGAAAACUGUCAUGAAAAUGUUGAGAACAAUUUUAAAUCAUUAUGUUCGAUAUGCGGUAAAGCGUUUCGUACGAAUGGUGAUUUAUCAAGUCAUUUACAAACAAAACAUAAUGAUAAACGUAAUUUUAGUUGUAAAUACUGUGAGAAAAAAUUUAAAACACGCAGUCAUUUAACAUCACACGAAAAAGUAUCACAUUUAAAUUAUCGUCCGUACGAAUGUGAAAUAUGUUCAAAAUCUUUUGCUUCCAAACAAAUUCUUUUAAAUCAUGUACGAACACAUACUGGAGAACGGCCAUUUGUUUGUACAAUUUGCUCAAAAGCUUUUGGACAUACUUCAUCGUUACGUAAUCAUAUCAAGUUGGUUCAUGGAUCGAAAAUAUAAUGCGCAUUAUAAUCUAAGCAGAUAUAGCACAUUUUGCUGAAUCUCAAAGACUUCGUUAGGAUACAUUGUAUGGAUGACAGAACGUUACGCUAUAAAAGCAAGCCCCAGAAUCAGAAUGAAGAGUAGAAGGUGACAAGGCAGAAGUGAUGAAAUAGAAUAUAGAAACAAAUAUAAGAAAUAUAUAAACCUUAGGAUUAUGGAUGCGUAAAGCGUACGAUGUAAUAUGAGUACCUAAAGCUCAUACCCAGCUGCAAUGGAGAUA